AUGGCGGCGUCCGGGGCGGCGGCUGCGGCGCGCAGCCCGGGAGCCCCGGCGGGGACGGCGGCCCGAGCCCGGCGCCCGCCUUCGGGGCGGCCCGCGCGGCUGCCCCCGCUGCUCGUCCUGCUGGCGGCGGCGGCGGCGAGGCCGGGCACGGGCGGCGCGGCGCUGUACCGCGCGGGCGAGGACGCCGUGUGGGUGCUGGACAGCGGCAGCGUGCGCGCCGCCACGGCCAACAGCUCGGCCGCGUGGCUGGUGCAGUUCUACUCGUCGUGGUGCGGCCACUGCAUCGGCUACGCGCCCACCUGGCGGGCCCUGGCCGGGGACGUGCGAGACUGGGCCGCCGCCAUCCGCGUCGCUGCCUUGGACUGUGCGGACAAAAGUAACCACGAGGUGUGCCAGACCUACGACAUCCACUUCUACCCCAGCUUCCGGUAUUUCAGAGCAUUUACAAAGGACUUUACAACUGGCGAAAACUUUAAAGGGCCUGACCGAGAGCUGCAGACGGUGAGACAAGCCAUGAUUGACUUCCUACAGAACCACACGGACGAAAACAGGCCUCCCGCCUGCCCGGCUUUGGACCCUAUUCGGCCCAGUGACGUUCUUUCUCUCAUUGACAACCAUGAGGGCUGCUACGUGGCUAUUCUGUUUGAGAGCAACAGCUCGUAUGUUGGACGUGAGGUGAUCCUGGACCUGAGUCCUUAUGAGAACAUCGCGGUGAAGAGAGCACUGGACAGCGACCCGGCCUUUCUGGAGAAGCUUGGCAUCUCUUCUGUUCCUUCCUGUUACCUGGUUUACCCAAAUGGGUCCCACGGGUUAAUUAACAUCAUGAAGCCUCUUCGGUCAUUUUUUUCCUCUUAUUUGAAGUCGUUGCCAGAUGUGAGGAAAAAAUCGCUUGCAUUGCCUGAAAAGCCAAGCAAAGAACAAAAUUCUGAAGUUGUGGUGUGGAGAGAGUUUGACAGGUCAAAACUGUACACGGCGGACCUGGAGUCGGGGCUGCACUACCUCCUGAGGGUGGAGCUGGCCACCCACAGGACACUGGCUGGGGCCGAGCUGAAAACACUCAAGGACUUUAUUACUAUCGUUGCCAAGCUGUUCCCCGGCCGCCCGCCCGUCAGGAAGCUGCUGGAGAUGCUGCAGGAGUGGCUGGCCAGCCUCCCCCUGGACCGGGUGCCCUACAAUGCCAUCCUGGACCUGGUCAACAACAAGAUGCGGAUUUCUGGAAUAUUCCUCACUAAUCAGAUAACGUGGGUUGGAUGUCAAGGAAGCCGCCCGGAGUUGAGGGGUUACACGUGUUCUCUCUGGAAGUUGUUCCACACGCUGACUGUUCGGGCCGGGACCCACCCAGACGUGUUGGAUGGCACAGGUUUCGAAGACGACCCCCAGGCGGUGCUGCAGACCAUCCGGAGGUACCUGCUCACCUUCUUCGGCUGCAAAGAGUGUGGGGAGCAUUUUGAGGAAAUGGCUAAAGAGUCCAUGGAUUCCGUGAAAACCCCAGACCAAGCAAUCCUCUGGCUUUGGAAGAAGCAUAACCUCGUGAACAGCCGCCUGGCAGGCCACCUGAGCGAGGACCCCAGGUUUCCCAAGGUUGCGUGGCCCACUCCGGACCUCUGCCCUGCCUGCCACGAGGAGCUGAGGGGCCUGGACAGCUGGGACGAAGACCAGGUUCUCCUGUUCCUGAAGCGGCACUACGGCAGCGACAACCUCGUGCACACGUACGCCACGGCCCUGGGUGGCACCGGCGAGGCCGAGGGGCCAGAGGGAGGCCGAGCCAACCCAGAGAGGCCUGGAGACCACGGGGCCGAGAGCCUGCACCCGCCCGGGGCCCUGCCUCCCACACCUCGCCCCUCAGAGGGGUCACACCUGGGACCAGCCAGGCCUGAGGGCCACAGGGAGGUGGAGGCGGCUGCACCCUUCCUGGGGAUGGGCUUCUCCAGCCUGGACAUGAGCCUCUGCGUCCUGCUCUACGUGGCCUCCUCCAUGUUCCUGAUGGUGAUGUUCUUCUUCUUCCGAGUGCGCUCCCGGCGGUGGAAAGUCCGGCACCGCCAUCCGUCCGUGUAGAGCUGAGCAGCCCGCCCGCGCCUGCGGCUGUAACGUUUCUGAUCAGGGAUGACAGGCAGGGGGCCUGCUCCCCGCUGAUGGCAGCUGUGGUCCCAGAGCUGGGGCCUGUGUGCGUUCCCGGCCUUCACAGUCCGUGGACGCCUCUGACAAAUCCAUAGCAAAGCGACUUCUGUUUUUACUCUUCUAGGUCUGAAAACGGGAGUGGGAUGUCCAGGCCAAAAAGAAUGUUUUGCACCCACUUUCAUCAAGUUUACUGGGCUCCACAUCCAUUGUGCACGGCCUCCUUUGGAGAUUUGGAGAAAAACCCAGCCCUUCCCCAUGGAAGCUAAGGGGUGACUGAAUGCAGCCAGGGAUACCCCCGCCCCCCCACAUCCCCGCCAUGGGGGGUAGACUUGGUGUGGGGAGGAAGGGUGGUGUUCAUCUUACUCUUCAGGGACAGUGCCUUGGCCUGUUGGUUGUUACUCUGGUGAUGAGAGAGCUCAGUGCGUGAGGGCCACCCAGGCUGCCUGUCCCUGGCAGUCAGGAGACUGUGAGCCCGAGAACAGAGCUUCCGCCUGGGCCCCUGCCAUCCAGCACCCACAGCCCUCCUGAGCCACUGCCCAGAGCCAGAGUGGGUGGUGCACGGGGUCUCGCUGGCAUCUCUAAGGCCAAACUUCAUUUGCCUGAAGGUGUUUUACACAGGUCCUGGCACAGGGCCUAUCCCUGGGCUUUGGUGGUUAAUUAUUUACCAUUUAAUGAUUUUAACACAUUAUUUUAAAUGUGUUAAAACCCAGAACAUUCAGAGGUAAAGUAAAUGCGUAAACAAAUGAACUCCUGGGGGCAUUUCCUUUGAGACCCUUAUGCAGAUGCUCAGCGGUGUGCGCCCCCGUGUGUGUGUGUGUGUGUGUGUGUGUGUGUGUGUGUGUGUGUCUGUGCCUGUGUGUCUGUGCCUGUGUGUGUGUCUGUGUGUGUCUGUGCCUGUGCCUGUGUGUGUGUGUGUGUGUGUGUGUGUGUGUGUAUGUGCCUGUGUGCCCCCUUGUGUGCGUGAUGGUGGUAAGUAGUUCUUCCCACUGUGCCUGUGGUCUCCGCAUGCUCCCUCAUUGCAGCGGCUAAGCACGUGUGGACUCGCACCAGGUCCUGCCCCAGCCCAGCUCAGGGAGCCCAAGGAUGGUGCCUGCAACGCUGCCCCCAGCCCGGUGCCCACCUGGGGGCAGGCGUGGCCAGGAUCAGGGAGCCCUGCCCUGAGCUGAGGUUUCCAGUUGGUGACACGUUUAACCCCUAGAAGCCUCUGGUUUAAACCUGAGGCUUGUGUGCCUGGUGAUUGACGGCACCAUAUUGUUUCCUUUCAACUUGAAAACGGGCCAGUUUACAGAGGCCACGGGAAAUACUGGGCCUCUUUCAUUAAACUGCCUUAGGUUCGUGUCAAAUGUCGUUUUUUCCCCCAAAUAAGUUUCUGUGAGCAGUGGGCACUGUCCUACAUCAACCCAUUUGACAGGCAAUGUUGGCUUCUAAGGUUCAUAGUGAUAUUGCGGUUUGAGGUCACAUCUGUGACAUCAGAGGGCCAGGUUCCAGCAGACCGCCGGUUCCAUGCGGCCACGGAAAGGGUCUCACCUGCAAGUGUGAGCCGCCUUGCACACCUCACGUGGUGGCCUGCUCAGAACUGGAUGCUACCUUCAGGUCUGUUUUCUAAAGUUGUAACUAUUGAGACAAUGAAUAUAAUGGUUCAGUAAUUUAAAUGUAUUUAUUUUUAAUGGGAGAAUUUGGUUAAAAAGAAACUAAUUGACAUGAAAAUCUCUGAAAUUUCUUACAUGCAAAGAAAGUGAACAUUUUGUAUUUAAAAACUGUAAUGUGCACAUUUUGAAAUAAAUCUGUUUGAAAAAUUG